AGCGUAAUAAGGACCAAAAGUAGAGACGGGCACAAAAUGAGGCCAGCUGGUAAUGCUUCCUGCACUGGCCGGAGGAAGGUAGGUUCAUUCGCAGUCGGAAGCAGGCCAUUCUUCGGCCGGCGACGGCGACGCUCUCUUUCUCUCAGUAAUAGGACCAAGUGGAGCAAACAGGAGACUUAACAGGACGUAAAUGACGGCGACGGAGGACGCGCUGGAGACGGCGCGCCUCGUGAUCAUCUGCACGGCUGCCGUCAUCUCGUCUGUGGUGGCUGUUGUACUCUUCCGACGGAUUCCAGACCCAGGCUACAGUACGCGCGGAAGGGGCCGAGGACGCAGUCGAAGCAGGAAGCCUCCGCUACCGCCUCCACACGCGACAGGUCCUGCGCUCUACUACUCGGUCGUCAUGACGGACUGGUUGUUCUCGGUCACGGGGGCUGUUAACCAGUCUAUGGACAUGGUCAUGGGCGGGGGAGUGAAGGUGCGCACGGUGGUUGGCGCUAGUAUCGACUCGCUAUUUCAUGUGAGCUUCCUUGUAUCGCUUCUCUGGGGCGUCGUGCUUGCAGUCUUCGUGUUGCGAACGCACCGUUGGGUUCGUGGUCACCAAGCCACCAGUCCACCCAUGAAGCGAUUCCCAGUGAGGACGAGUUGGUUGAUCAUAUGGACUAUCGGCCUUGGCAGCGGACUUCUCUCGACGGCGCGACUACAAGCUCGUAUUACGGACAGCGACGCCACAGACACGCUGGCAAACUGCCAGCGUUACUUGUACAUUGCAGUGUUCGCACUCUCGGCAGGCUGCGUGAUUGCAGCGAAUAUUGUGCUAUUUGCACAGAGGAGACGAUUGAACAGCGUGGAGGAACUGGGUGUUACUGCGAUGACAGACCCAUCGCUUGGUAAUAGCGGGGAUAAUGCAGUUUUGGCUUCUACCAAGACGUGGGAGCUGCAGGCUCAACAGGCGCUACGGAUAGCUCAUGAGAAGCUCAUGCACUACUUUCUUGUGGUGCAGAUACUACAGUUCCCAAUGAUGCUAUGUUACGUGCUGGGCUUCGAUGCUAUCAGCUACGCGACAUACGAAGUGGCGGACUGCUUAUUGUUCAGUGUGCCACUGUUCAACGCCAUCGUCUUUGGCUGGCGCCAUCUAGGAGAACCGAGAUUCCCUCGAGAUGAAGACGAUCUACGCAAUAACGGCACAAUGUUACAGUCAAGUAGCAACAGUUCACGUCAUGGAGAACGUCAGCGAGAUCGGAUGGGCACAGGGCUCUUGGCUGGAAGCGGGAACAAUGGCGCAGGAAAUGUCCUGGCUUCGUCGUUCCGGACUGUAUUUGGCAGCAGUGCAGCAAGCACCAAUAACGGCAAAGAAUCGAUGAAAAGCACGUAUGUGGGCAACGAAAUGGUGACUCUCGAGGAGCUGAACGGGUUGUCGAACGUGGCAUUCAUUGCCGAGGGAGCUGCUGGCAGCGUGUACAAAGCACAAUGGCUGGGUAUUGAGGUGGCUAUGAAGGUGAUCAAGCUUCCUAAUGGAGGCGCAGGUGGCGUGGUGGACGCCGAGCUGUACCGGACUAUUAUCCAGAACUCGGAGGAGGCUUUCAUUGAAGAAGCCAAGCUUUGCUCUCGUCUGCGCCAUCCAAACAUCACGUUGUUCAUGCGUGCUGGAUACUACGAGGGCAAACUGGGAAUUCUGACUGAGUACUGCUCUCGUGGGAGCCUUAAGGACGUACUCAAGCGCCACUUCCCGCUCGGUUGGCGGCGUAAAGUAGCGCUGGCUCUUCAUAUUUCGAAAGGUCUGACUUACUUACACGCGCGCAACCCGACGUACAUUCACCGCGAUCUCAAGGCAUCCAAUAUUCUGGUCACCGAGACGUGGCAAGCCAAGCUGGCAGACUUUGGCAUCUCUAAGGUGUCGAACUUCGUCAACCGGGUGCGAUACAGCGAGCGAACUGUCAGUUUAGCAGAGCAGAACCCAAGUGUCUCGGAUGAACUAACGUCAUUUGCCGGCACGUGGCGUUGGAAUGCUCCCGAGAUCCUUCAGGACCCGCACAACUGCCGAUACAGUCGAGCAACGGAUAUGUACUCGUUUGGUAUGGUGCUGUGGGAAAUUGCCUCAGACGGUGCGGUUCCUUUCAGCGACACAAAGUUUGACUUCGAAGUUCGCGAGAAGGUGCUUGUGGAGCAGCGUCCCCCGAUUAAUCCACGUUGUCCACAGCGGUUUGCACAGCUUAUUGAGGAAUGCUGGGCUCAGAACCCUGCGCUUCGUCCGUCAGCGCCACAAGCUGCAGAGAUCCUCAACACGAUUCUGGACAAUAUGUCGAAGGACUCGAACGAUUUUGCUACCCUGGCGUCUGUAUCUGGCUCCGAGUACACGAACAGCAUCUUCUCGUCAUUGAGAAAUGGUGAUGGUACAUCGGAUCUGGAGCAUCGACCCAGUUCUUUCCUGGGUCAGCGGAUUACCAACUUCUUCCGUGGUCGCUUCUCUACUCGCAGCAGUAGUAGCAGCGCUAUGAGCGAGGAAUACCAUGAUCAUCAGGAGAACGAGCAUUUCUACAAGUUCACGUCUCCGUAUGCAGGUGUAGAGACCAUCAGUAUGCUGAGCGCUCGAGGCAGUGGAGCGGUGGAGUAUAGUCCAGCAAACUACGAGACAUCGGGGCUUCCUAUCGUUGGCCUUCCUAACGAUAGCCGUCGCGGCGAUGGCCUGGUUGGUGGUCGUCUCUCGUCGCUGGAUGAGUACGACUUCGAGAUGGAGGGCAACCCGUCCGAUGUGUCGACGACGUUCAGCAGGAGUCCGUCAGAAGGCGACUCCAAUAUGCUGCCUCCGUUCCGCCAACCCAGUGCCAGACGGGAAGAAGUACGACCAAGCGAAGACCCUCGACCGAGCGAAGAUGAAGCCGAGUUCGUGCUCGGCGCUAAUGGUCGGAUACGUCAUCUCCAGUACUAGAACAUUGGAAGCCGAGCGGCUCGUAUUUAUUACUAGUAGCAGAGUAGAGCAAGACACAAUACGAAGAUGCAAGAGUUCUCGUAUACGUAGGGUAGGUAGCUGCUCGCACAGCUAAGAAAAAUGGUCAUGAAAAACAUGCGUGCUGCCAGCAACGACUGCAUUAGAAGCAAUGUAUUUUGGAGGUUGGCCAGUUGCGAUGAGGAAAAGGUGCCAAGUCAUUCUAGUUUGAUAGCAUUGGCAUUUACCUCGUGGGUGGCCAAUACACUAUUGGUAAGGUGU